GGCCCUCCUGAACCUCCUCCCACAGGUGACUUCAUCAGACCUCCUGCCAAACCCUGGACAGGAGCAGAUAAUAAGCAGUUUUACGACUCCAAUAAUGGUAACAGCUUAAAUGACUACGAAGGUAACCUUGGACGAAGCAAUCCAUCAUCGGAAUAUGGCCCGAACACUUCCGGCAAGCACGGAGGGGGCCACAGUCCAAGUGCAUCUCCCAAUUACGUGCCAGAUAGUAGUAGCAGUGAAACAGGGUUAAACGGUUAUCCAGGUCAAGAACCAGACAACCAAUUGUACGACGAAAGAAGGCAAGAUAAGCAUCGUUUAACUCAAGAACCAGACAACCAACUGUACGACGAAAGACGGCAAGAUAAGCAUCGUUUAACUGUUGGCAAGACAACGGGUCAAGAACCAGACAACCAAUUGUACGACGAAAGACGGCAAGAUAAGCAUCGUUUAACUGUUGGCAAAACAACGGGUGCUGGAGGUGGCGAAACGACAGGAGCUGGAGGUGGCGAAACGCCAGGAGCUGGAGGUGACAGCACGUUCGAUAAGCAUAACCCGAAAGUGCUUGUAGGAGAGCUGCUUACAGAUACGAAUCCCAUAACAGGACGUGUGGGCCCUAGUGGUGAGGCUUUGCUUGAAAGAGGGGAGCUGCUUACAGAUACGAAUCCCAUAACAGGACGUGUGGGCCCUAGUGGUGAGGCUCUACUUGAAAGAGAACCGGAAAGCCCACUGAUAAAAGUAUCUGUGAACCCUGAAAACAUGGAUACUCAAGAGCCUGAACGAUCGUGGAAGACAUCAACGGAAUACGAGAAGAAUGAUAAGAACCAUAUUCCAGACGGCACGGACCUAAAGAUGAAUGUGAAAUGUUGCCCUUGCUGUAAUAGUGCGCCAGGUUCAUCGUCACCUAAUGGACCAAAGGGAACAACAAAUGAUUUAAAUCCACCUGGACAAUCUGGCAAUCGC